UUAUUAGAUCAUUGGCAGACCAUAUAACGUCACUUCAAAAGAGUUUAAUAUUUAACGUGAUUGAAAUCAUUGGAGUUGUAAUAAUGUCUCCUAUCAUUAUUUAUCUUGUGUACCGUCUCACAAAGAAACUUCAAUCGUUUGCAACAUCGCUCAAACACAAAACUGCUGACUUGGAAAUUGAACGGAAACGUUCAGAACAACUUCUUUAUCAAAUGUUGCCAAUUGCAAUUGCUAAACGAAUGAUGAAAAAUUUAUCAAUUCAUCCAGAACAUUAUGAUUCAGUUACGAUUUAUUUUUCCGAUAUUGUUGGUUUUACGACUAUUUGUUCCAUGAGUUCACCAAUGGAAGUUAUAAACAUGUUGAAUAUACUUUACAUUAUGAUAGAUGAUCGUCUAGAAUUGUUUGAUGUUUAUAAAGUCGAGACUAUUGGUGAUGCCUAUAUGGUAGCGUCAGGUUUACCCAUUCGAAAUAAAGACCGACAUGUGUUAGAGAUAGCAUUGAUGUCUUUAGAUAUAAUGACAGUUGUUAACCAAGCGACAGUACCUCACAUACCCGAGGAGCAUUGGAAACUUAGAAUUGGCAUUAAUACAGGUUCUGUUGUUGCUGGAGUCGUAGGAACUAAAAUGCCACGGUAUUGUUUGUUUGGUGAUACUGUAAAUGUUGCAUCCAGAAUGGAAUCAACAAGUAAACCAUGUAUGAUUCAAAUGUCACCAAGUACAAAGACAGCAUUAGAAAAGUUUCCACAACUUUUAAUACGUGAACGGGGUGAAAUGACAAUAAAGGGUAAAGGAAUGAUGAAAACAUAUUGGCUCAUUGGUCAGCGGAAUGGUUAUAAAAGUCCAGCAUCAGAAAAGGUCCUCUAUGAACAAGAUUCAAACUGGUGCCAACUCGCAAAUGUAUAACUAUGUUUGAAAUGAAUGAACGAAUAAACAAAUUAACGAUGAAUGAAUGAAUAAAAUGAAUGAAAUGAAUGA